AUGGACCGAGACCGGGGCAACACCCGUCGAUACGAUGACGGCGAAGUGACUCGAUACGGGGCGGGCGAGUCAUGGCGACCGACAGCCCGGGGCGACAGGUCGCCGCGACGGGAGAGAAGUCCACCGAUACGAGAGCGCGAGCGGAUGCGAGACUGGGGCAGCCGAGAGAGAGACCGGGAAUGGGACAGGGGUCGAGACCGGGAGCGAGAGCGAGAGAGGGAGCGGGAGAGGGAGCGAGAGCGAGAACAGCGAGAGCGAGAGCGAGAACGGGACCGGGAUAGGGACAGGGACCGAGACCGGGACCGGGAUCGCGACCGAGAUCGAGAUCGAGACCGAGACCGAGACCGAGACCGGGACCGAGAUCGUGACCGCCGGCCAUCGCCUCCACCGGCCAGCGACAGCUAUGUUCCGGGCGGCCGGGAAAUGGCAGGGCCGCCACGACGUCCGCGGUCGCGCAGCAUCGACCGCUAUCGGACGGCGCGCGGUCUCGAGGACCGGCCGCGCGAAGCGGUGGUGGGAGCUGGAGGCAUCGGAGGCGAGCGAUGGCGACCGGCACCACCUCCACUUCCGAUGCUGGAGCGCAGCCACAGCCGGGUACGCAGUCCUGGCGGCGGCGGCCCACCGUCGAUUAACGGCGCCGUCGCGACGCGGCCCCCGCUACAGGGCACGAAUAUCAACAUGGCGUCGCCGCGCCGCAGCCCGCCCCGACGGCCUUCGCCGGCACAACGCUGGGGUGGUGGCGGCGGCGACGACCGGGACCGCGGGGGCCGGUCGCCGCGACGGGACCUGACGAUGCGAGAUAUGCGGGAUCGCUACAGGGCACGAUCAAGGAGUCCCGACCGGCCGCCAGACGAUUAUCGCGGUGGCGGUGGCUACGGACGGAGGCCGUCGCCACGACCAUCGGCAUCACGGCCCAUGUCGCCGCGACCCAGCCCCGGUCCAGGCGGCUGGAACGAUGUCCGAUCGCGCCAGCCAUCGUCGGCACCACGAUCUCCGCCUCUGGCAGCAUCAUCAUCGUCCAUGCGGUCGCCUCCGCACGGUCCGGCUGCACAGCGAGGAGGAGGAGGAGGAGGACAACCGCUGACGGCGACCCCGUCUGCUCGCAAGAUGGCCCCAAUCGGAGCUGGAGUGGCAUCGGUGCCGUCAUCCAUGCCGUCAACGCCACUGGCAGCCCCGCGAGGACCGUUUGCCUACGGCGGUGGUGGCCGGCCACGCGGUGCAUCCAUCAGCGGGCCUUCUGGUGGUGGUGGCAGCAGCAUGGCAUCCGGCGGGCCAUCAGCAUCAGCAGCAGCCGCAGCUGCAGUGUCUGUCAACAUGAGCCGAGGUGGAUCGCCGGCCAUGGGAUCGCCGGCUGUCAGCCUGUCUUCAGGAGCAGCAGCAGCAGCAGCAGCCGCUGGCGGACGACUGUUCAACCCGCCAACCGGACCGGCAGCACAGGUUGGCAGUGGCAGUGGCAGUGGCAGUGGCAAUGGCAAUGGAACCGGACCGAGUUUGGGUCUGGGCAGCGCCACCAACAACAGCACUGGUAUCGGCUCUGGUGGAUCGUCCUCUCUUUCUGGUUCUGGUUCUGGUUCCGGUUCCGGUUCCGGCUCGCUCGCCCAGCAGAUGCUCGCCGGCAUGCCGACGCUGGUAGCCGGCGGACGGCUCGACGGCCAGCUUGCUCUGCCCCGUGGCGGUGGCGUCGUCCGCGAACUCGAAGCCCAUCACCGCCGUCUGCGCGAGGAAGAAGAACGGCUGCGCCAGGAACUCGAGACCCGCCAGGAACGGCUCCGUCGGCAGCUGCGCUCGUGGGACCGCAUGGAUCGCGACGGCCGCUCCUUUGAGCUCAAGAGCAACCUCAGCGAAAAGAGUCUCAAGACCAUCGCCGGCGAAGGCGUCGGCGGAGCGGCUUUUUAG